GUCUAUCUGUUUUGUCGUAUCAUUUUAGGACAUGAACCCAAAAAUAAAGUAUAUCCAAGAUUCAAGUGGGCCUCAUGACAUAAAAAGCAGGCAGCGAACUGCCUACUGUUGAAGCCUUCCUGUGUCCACCGUGAUGUUUAUAUGUCAUCCAUACGGCUCAUAAGGUCACUCAAAACACAAAAUUUUAACCUGGUCCAAAAUCUUUAUGGCCCCACGAAUAUUUCAACCGUUCACAUUCAAUCCUCACUAUUUCCUAUUAUGUGGCCAGCUUGAGUGUUGGAUCUGCCUCAUUUUUGGGCCCAUGUCCAAACAAGAUCUGGAAAAACCGAUGGACGGGGUGGAUUUCUCAAACAUUACGGUGGGCUCCACCUACCUUCCCCUCCAAGGAAGUUCGUGCGAAAGCAAUCCGCGUCCCAAAUGAGGUGGAAAAAUGGAUGGACGGCGCGGAUAUACCACAAAUACAUCAGGUGGGCAGACGGUCACGAUCUAACGAAGUCGGUGUAAGCGGGACUUGACCGAGUCCGCUGCCGUCUACGUAACCCGUUUCUCCGUCGAAAUCCUGACCCCGAUCUCUCACCCGUCGUUUGGGAAGAGGAAGAAGCCUCAGCCCUGGACAUUUUUACCCUAGCUCUUAGUUUUAAGAUUUGGUUUUACAAGGAGAUUAAUAGGUUUUGAAACCGUUCGCAAUACCGUCUGAAAGGCAGUUUCGCGAUUUCUUAACAUUUUCACAAGCUUUCUCCAUCUCUCUGCCCGCACCCGCAUCUCUAUCGAAACCCUAAGGAGGAGGAGGAAGAAGAAGAAGAAGUAAUAGGUAGAAAAAGGGUGUUUUUGCAUUCUAUGUGUUUCAAGUUUUCGAAAUGGUUUCUGGGUUGAUCAAUGCCAAUCCGGUCGUCUACGAAAGGAAAGAGCGUCGGGUCCGGAGUUCCCCGAGUGAUGCAGAUGAGUAUGCCGUGGAACCUAUUGAUUCGCUGGAAGUUUUUGAUCAUGUUAGAGAUAUCAAAGAUCCAGAACAUCCUUAUUCUCUUGAGGAAUUGAAAGUGAUUACAGAAGAUGCAGUUGAGGUGAAUGAUGAGCAAAGUCAUGUUAGGGUCACAUUCACUCCUACGGUUGAACAUUGCAGUAUGGCUACGGUGAUUGGUCUUUGCAUACGUGUCAAACUAUUGCGUAGUCUGCCUUCUCGUUACAAGGUGGAUAUUAGGGUGGCACCUGGAACUCAUGCCACUGAAGCUGCAGUCAAUAAACAGUUGAAUGAUAAAGAACGGGUAGCAGCGGCAUUGGAAAAUCCCAACCUCUUGGAGAUGGUCGAUGAGUGUCUUGCUCCAACCUAUGCUUGAUGAGGUUGGUAUCUGAGAAUCUCUCAGUUCAGAUAACAUAAUAAGUGAAACAGCUGAGUUCUUAAAAAUUGAUUAUGUGCUGAUUUACCUGUACCUAUAAUGCAUUAGAUGAUCGAUCUUUGGGCCCUUACGUAACAGUAUAUCGGGUCCUGGCUUGUCAACAAGGAGUUGUGUUCAAGAUGGAAUGUUUGUUUGAAACGAGAAUUGAUACUUGUGCAUUCCCGAAUCUCCUUUCUAAGGGCAAUUAUUGUUUACUGAUGUGUGCUAAUAUGUAUAAUCAUGCAUGUUCAUGAAGUUCUACAGAA